CGUUGGUUUUCGUGACGUCACAGGCAAAGAUGGCGGCUCGCUUUGAAUGAUUGAGCUACAGCCAAAGACCACAACAACAAGGUUUAGCAUGAAAAAAAUACGAAUGUAAAUUAUUCCUCGCGUUGUUUUAAGCCACGGAGGAGCCGCGAAACUGUUAAUAAAAUAAUGUGAAGGAGAAUUUGCGCUGUUGUGGCUGCUUUUUGUGACCCAUGUCAGAGCCGGGGAAACAAGCUCCCUCUGAGUUCACUGAGCUGUGGAAGACUGUUGUUUCCAAACUUUGCCACAGCAAAACACCAGACAAGGACACAGGAAAGCAGAUGCCCGGGACGUCGGUAUCACCCAUGUGUAAAGAUUUUCAGAGUCCACGGCGGAGAGACUGCAAGUACCCUGGAUUGAAUACUGGAGAUUCUCCCGGAGAUGGUGAAGCUUCGCACGAUAUUUUCUGGGACCCCACAUCUCCCACUCAACCUAAUGCUGGGUCGGGGCUCAGGAACACCAAAGUUGUGGAAAUAUCUGAUAUUGUGAACCGCAUUGCUCCAAAGGAUGUGGACAGAAAAAGGACAGAGUCGCCUUUGCUUCAGUGGAUCUGUGACAGUGCCAUCCCUUGCACGCCAGAGAUCCCGAAGCCAAGAGUUAGGAAAAAGUCCUCCCGGCAAAGCAGUGUGGAAGACCUCAUGAAACUGGCCCGGCAGUUUGAUGAGAACAUGCAGCAGGACAAGGAGACUUCGGAGCAACUGAACAUCAUCAACAAUAACCUAAUUAACACUUCUGAAAAAGAACUGUUACAGGCAUCAAUCUCUAGUAAUGUGAAGGACCCUGGGUGUCCAUCCUCUGCGGACAAGGUGGAGGCAGAGCUACACGCCCUGUUUGACUGCUCCACUCAGGGAGUCAGUGGUCGACUAAGCCAGGGCUCUGCAGCAUCAGCCUCUUCACAACAAACAAAAGACCAGACUGUGACUUUGGAUUUAACUGAACACCAGCGACCAGAUCUUAAAUCAGCAGAAAAGUCUGUCUCAGCUGUGCAUCCUGCUGAAGAAAAGGAAUCUGGUGGUUAUGGUGGGAAAAGCUGCGACGACUUUGAUGAUGACUGGGAGAAUGAUGACUUACUUAAUGACUCUUUUGUGCUGGCGAUGACCCAGGUUUCCGAUGAGAAACACAACACUAAUCCUAAAACAAACAAUAAACAGUUAACCCCAAUUUGCAAGCCAACUGCAAAUACAAACUCUGCCUGUCAGGCCUUAAAUGUACACUGCAAGCCAAGCAGCAGUGAACUCCAGGAACUAUGUCCCAAACCAAAGACUACCAAUCGAAGCACUUUUAAGUUAGAGCCUAACCCUCACUUCCAGCCCAAGAUGGCUCGAGACGUUUCAAAACUUAGCUCAACUGUUGCACAACCGAAAUCGCAUAUUUUUGACCAGAAAUCUGCCACCACAAAGACACCCUCUACUCCUCAAGCUGACAAGGUCACUAUUGAUCACUGUGGAAACAUAAUCGGGACAGACUCUGUAAAAGACAUUUCGGACAGCUUAUGGGAUGAUGAAGGUGAUGACGCUCUGCUCUACCAGGCUUGUGACAGCAUAGAAACAAUCGCCAACAGUCAGACCCAGAAAGGGAGCCCCAGCAACUGCCAAGUAAAAUUAGAUAUUGCAGCAGACGGACAACGGAAAACCACCAAGUCUCUGCCAAUCAACACGGCCUGGUCCAUGAACGCCGGUGCCAGUGCUAACAGACUUUCACCAUGUGCUUUUGUUCGUUCUAACUCAUUACCAGGGACAAGCUGUGAAACGGUGAACUACCAAGGAUGGAACAUUCCCAUGAAAAGUGCCAACAUCAAAUCAGGGAUGUCUCAAAGCUUCCCAGGACGACACACAAGUCUGGGCGCAAUUAACCAGUGUAGAGAUUCCUCUGGAAAUUUCCAUGGUGGAAAUGCGAAUGUGGAGAAGAAGCCACAUACAGUGACAGCCAGAGCACCUCAGAACUCCAAGUCCGGUCACACAGCUUUCAAGAGGAAUGUAUCUGACUCAGCGAUUAUUGGCAACAAAGUUUUUGUCACAAGCCAGAUGACAGGGAAGUGCUCUGGAGCCGAGAUCGAGAGGAAGAAACAGGAAGCCCUGGCUAGGAGGCGGCUACGAAUGCAGAACGUCCCAAAGCAAUAGAGCAGCUUCCAUCCUGACAGAAUGUUUGCACCUUAUUGUACCAUGACACACCUUUGCAAAACUCAUCAUUCCGUACCAGCAGUUCAGUUCACUCCUUUUCAAUACGUCUCUUAUGACUGCGUCAAGGACCAUAAAGUGUGAUGGUUAGGUUAUGGAGCACUUUCAUGGCUCUGGUUGAUUUGCUUGACUUUCUGCACAGAGAGGACGCUGUGUCAAUAAAGGAUAUGUAAAUGUCUGUAGUAAGACCUGCUGGACAUUUUUGCUGCUAAAGUGAAAACACAUUUCAUAUUUUUCAAGUUUUAGAUCUCCGUUAUGAUGAAUAGUUUACAUCCACUGAGCUUGGGGAAAAAAAAUCCAAAUGUGACCAACACUGGUCACGUUUUCUGUUUGUCAGUAUUGUUACUUCAGCUCUCUGGACCCAUUCUGGAAUGAACAUGUAAACAGUUUGAUCUCAUUGUACUUCUACCAAGGACUGACAGACGAACGUGUUGUUAAUGUUUUUCAUCAGAAAUCGAUGUCUAUAGUUUAUAGUGAACACUGGCAGUAACUCAGUGUUCCCUACUUUAUGAGUCUAACCAAACAGAUCAUGUGUCUGAAACCUCCUUUGAUGCAUACUUGACAAUUUUCCUAACUUUAGUAUCAAAAGGGCACCGCUUUAUUACAAGUAGAAAUCAAGAGAGUGACACAACAGCCUAGCACAAAAUGUUUCAUUUGUGGCCAAACUAAACAUUUAAUAGAAUUCAGUGUUUUCUACAGGAAAAUAAGUUGCUGUCCUUUCUUUAUGUCAUCUGUUUGUGUUUUCUCUCUGCUUUGUCUGUGCAUGUAAGUUCAUGUGAGUUCAGUUUUGCACAUUAGAAUCAAGAGUAAAGAUGGUGUUAUAGCCCAAUCUAUAUUUUAAUAGCAAUGUUACGCAUCUCUGAAAAAAGUUUAUUAUGCAACAAUAAAAACCAUGAUGGAAAUGUG